UUAGCAGGCCCAAUCCCAAAAGUCGGCAACCCUGGUGUCAAUCAAUAAAAAAAAAUCGAAGGUGCCCGAAAAGUUUGAUAAAAGCGAUAAAAUUGAAUGAACAUCGUUAGAUUUUUUACUGAUUUACCAACAUUUUGGGCUAGAAAGUGACAUUUUUAUAGUAACAAGUAGAGAUUGCAGUAAUUUCUAAAUUGAGCAGAAGUAAAACCUUUGGGACGUUCGUAUUUAAGUAACAAACUGUGAUUGCAGUAUUUGUACUCAGUAUAGCGAUGGCUACCGAAGUUAUGAAAGGAUAUUCUCAUUUGCAACAGGAGCUGGACAAAGCUCGUGAUAAUUUGAAGGGUUUGAAUGACAACAUAAAAAAGAUAAUAGGCCGGGAUCCAUCAAAUACGGAUCAGUAUAGCGGCGGCAGCGGUAAUACUUUUGGUGUUUAUUCCAGGAAUGAAGUAAGAAAACGUAACUCUAGUGGAGCGUUUGACCAAGGUCAAAUAGGUCGACGACUUGAUCAACAGGAUCGGCGCUUUUCCGAUGGCGGUGGGAUCAAUCCAGCCAAAAGGCGUGCUGUUGGUGAAACUAAAUCUGUGUUUAGUAGACUCUCGGGCCCCCCGAAUCGUGAUGUGGAGUUUGAUAAGCCGAGAAUACACUCCAGAGUUAUAAAAGAACAGCCUACAAGACAGGAAAUCGUAGCAGCUCAAGGUAACGAUGAACGAUCUCGAGCAAGAAAUAGACGAAUCUUCGGAUCUUUGUUGGGCACUUUGCAAAAGUUCUCACAGGAGGAAUCCAAACUCAAAUCGAAGGAAGAUAAAAAAGCACAGAUCGAGAAAAAACUCGAGGAACAGCAGAAGAUAGAACGAGAAAAUCUUCGCAGGGAGAAGCAGUCUCUCUUCACGGAUCGCAAACGGCAGCAGUUGGAGAUACGGACAAUUGAAACUAAAUUGUCUAAAAUGAAAGAUUUGGAAGUUUGGGAAGAGUCCAAAAAGCCUCUAGUCAAUUUCAUUAAAACUAAAACCAGUCCCUGCAUUUAUUAUCUGCCGAAAAGGAUGGACUCCAAAAUGGAAAAGAGGCUACAGGAAAGCCAAGAAGAACAUGCAAAAAUGAUCGAACAAAAACGAACAGAGGUGAUGGAAAGCAUUGCUGCUGUCGAAGCUCGCUUCAACGAAGACAUUAAAACUCUGGAGGAAAACGCAGCAAAUCGGAACAAGUCGAACGACGGCUCAGUUAAUAUCAACAGCACUGGUUCGAAGCUAGACAGGAUCGCUGCUGCCGAUGACGAUGAUGACUACAAUGAAGAAGAUCAUCACCAUAACAGUCCUCCGUAUCAGUACGACACUAUUGAAGGUCCCGCACUUCCGUCCGCACUGACGACAUCGUCGAACUUCAAAAUAACCAUACACAACAGUGACGUUAAGCAAGAAAAAGAAACGUCACCAAAAAUAGUGCGUCUCAUAGAAAGUACAGUCACCUCCUCGAUGAACUCGAAUUGUGGCUCGACUCAGGCAUCGGACAGCGGUGCUUCUUUCCUAACUCAGGGUGAAAAUUUGCAAAUUACUUUUAAAACGGAUCGUACUUUGGAGUGAUAAGUAUGAAUUGGUCUUCCUAGCCCCCCGCUGUUAUCACCGCCUAGCAGCCAAAUCAUGCACGCCAUGUGUAAUUUACGAAAAAAGACAUGUGGUAUGAUCUGUAAUGUCGACGCUUAUACAGACAUUUGUUUUUUAGAAAGCAGUACAAUUAGUUGUUGGAUUGAUUUUUGCGGGUUAGUGCGUGACCAAUAAAAUUCAACAGUUGAAACGCUUAAGGCGAAGCGAAACUCAUUUUUUUUUAAAUAUAAUGUUCAAGAAAGUCACACAUGGAAGUAGCGUUUAAGUUCACAUAUUUUAGUUGGGUAGCGGAUGUUGGAAAAAUCAAUUCAAGUCGGUUCAAAUAUACUUUUUUUAAAUCCCAUAUUGAAAACUUUAACGUUUGUGUUUUAUAUAACACUCUUUUAUUGCUUCCAUCGAUUUCCAAUAUAUUCGAUUAAAAGUGAAUUGUGAAUCACCAUUUAGUUAUAUAUGUAUUUCGAAACAGUAGAAUAAAGUUAUGAUACAA